AUGUUUGCUAGGGGUGAAGGUUACGUCUCAGUCAUGGGAGACGUUGAAGCGUCAACCAGCUGGCAACAAGGACUGAUUGAGAAGGCUGACGCGAAGCGACAUGACAUGCGACCAGAUGGUGAGACAGCUGCACAUACUGUCAGCCCUGCACAGAGAAGGCAGGGCCAUCAGGCCUUUAGGCUUGGGACCGACACCUGGACACGUUUCACUGAAGAGGCUGGCCAAGCGAUUCUUCACCGACUCCAACAGGCCGAGCUACUGCAUGCACUGAGCCAGAUGCCUGCUACCAAGGCAGUAGCGGCAUUGCGCCCUUUGGCGCUGCAGGAACCAUUAGGAAUCCCAGAACCUGUGGCUUGCCUCCUCACUCACUGGCACCAAGAUACCUGUUAUCAUCUUUUUUCCCAUGGUGUUGAUGAGGGGAUCUCUGUUGGCCGCGGCCUCCGACAGGGGUGUAAGGCGGCACCCCUGUUGUGGAACAGCUACCUGUUGCUGUUUCUCCAAACCUUGAGUGACAGAGUUGACAGACAGUGGAUCCAACGCUGUAUCAACUUUUAUGCAGACGAUGGCCAAAUUGGAGAUGUUUUCCAUUCAGAGUUUGCUUUCCAAGAACUCAUUUCCAAUCUGUACACCACCAUAGAAGUGUUGCAGGAAUUUGGCAUGACCAUCAACUCGUCCAAAUGCACUGCGCUGGUUGCCAUGACGGGAACCUCACAUCGCAAAUUGCGCCAGUCAAUCACUGCAUUUCGCGAUGGAAAAGAAUGGUUGAAGCUUGCCACUGCCGACAAACCCACCAUUUGGAUUCCAGUGGACAGGAAAGUCAAGUACCUGGGCACCGUGCUGUCAUAUCAUGACUUUGAAAACCAGACCAUCAUGCACCGCAUUCAGCUGUCCAAAAUUGCUUUCCAACGCCUUAGCCGUUGGCUUAAAGGCAGAAGAGGCUUGUCCCAAGACCAGAGAAUUCAGCUGUGGAACACAUGCGUUUAUCCAGUUUUGACAUACAGCGUUUGCACUGUGGGAAUCACUCCACUAGGCACACAGAAACUACAACAGACCAUGUACAGCAUGCUCAGACAGAUCAUUGGGAAUCAUGCCUAUAUCACUGGACAGAGCCAUCAGACUGCUCUCACACGCCAAGGGAUUGACUUGCCACUCACUCGGCUUGGACAGACUGCCGAACGUCAGUUGCUGUCUGUCUUGCAAGCGGGACCACCUGAGUGCUGGCAGAACGAAGUUGCCCCGCUCCAAGUUGACCCGCCACGGGCUCCUGAGAUGUUUGCACCCAAGAUGGAAGGCCCUGUGCGGGGCCAAACAAUGCUUUCAGAUGAUGAUCUUUGCAACCUUCGCAGUCAAGAAUGGGGUAACAGAAUCCUGACCAUUGUGGCCAACAAGGCAUGGCACCACAUGAAACGGGAACAGCAAGCUUGUGAGUACUUGGCCAACAGGUGCUGUUUGUGCGAUCAAUUCCUGGGUCGUAUGCAAGACCUGAACCAGCACAUCAAGGUCAUGCACCCACAGUUCUGGCCCCACACUUCUGCCAAGGGAAAGCAGCUGACCAAUCAAUAUGGAGAGGACACACCAUGUCCUUUUUGCCAUGCAUUGCUUCGCAACACGCAUCAAUGCACGGUCUGGACUCAGUUAGCACUCUUGUUAGUGCAUGGAGGAGGCCAGGUGACAGACACUGAAGAGGCGGCCAAAACCAUCCUGACAUGUGACAUUUGUGGGACACUGCAUGCGUCCCCAGAAGCGCUUCAUGCUCACCUUGCCCAGGAUCACCGACUGGCCAGCACUAGUUUCAACCCGGCCAGGGAUUGUCUAGAUGGCCAAGCGGCAUGCAACCAUUGUGGGGCUGUCUUCGAGCACAUUGAAUCCCUGCGGUCACACAUAAACCAGGGCAGAUGUGGUCACUUCGACCCAGACCUCCCCACCGAGGUCUUGGAGGUGAAACAGUCUUGGGAGUUAGCAACAUGUGCUGGCAAACUUGCAGAUACAUUGCGCGACAGCCAUGUACGAUUACAGCUGACCUUGCAAUGCCAAAACUGCAAUUGCCGGUAUGCAAGACCGGCUGACUUGUCAGGCCAUUUACUGGCUGCUCACCCGCUGUUGUGGUCGGCAUCCCAGGGAUUAACGGCAAUCCUUGUCUCCCUGCUGUAUGAGCAGGUUGGUUGCUGCUGCAACCCCUGCACGAUCCAACAUCGAGCAAAUCACAUAUGCAAUCCCCUACGUCAGCUUGCCAUGCAACACCUACGACUGGACAAUGCUCUGUUUUAUCCACAUGACCCUACUGAAACUGAACUUGCCCAGCUUGUGUCGGCAAAGUUGAAUCGAGACAGUCGAUUUCGAUUGGAACGCCUGCUGACGAACAGAUUGUUGCACCAACUUUGGCUUGAUGACCAUGUUCUUGCAAUCACGAGGUCCACAUGUCUACUGUGCGCGGCUGAACUUCAUGUGGCAGAGCUGGCCCUACACAUGUACGAGGCCCAUCAUUGCGGCAUUCCUUUGGUGAAAUUUUUGGUGCAACAGUUGCUGCCCAAGUUUUUGACCCAUUGUGACACAGAUGUACAUUGCUAUGCCUGCCACCAAGUGAUCAAUUUGCCACGAGAUGAUGCCAAUGCACCUUCCAUACCAGAUGAACACCGUGCUGCUAUGGUCCAAGCCCACUACAAAGCACAGUGCCCUUGCCUUAUUCAGGCUGCUGUCCUCUUGAGCCGAGCAUUCCAGGCGAUGGGACCCAUGCUGGAUCGGACCCUGCAACUGUCCCAGAAUGCCCCACCCAAGCGCCAAAGAAAAGGCGACUCCAACCGAGACGACCACCAAAAACCAGGGGCACUCGACAAGAUCCAGCUGGCACAGGCGGUGACGCUCAUGGCCAAAUUGGCACUGCAGAUGGACAGGGACCUUCAGGCAAUGAAGAGAGAGGACACCUUCAUUCUCUUUUUCGCCAACAAAGGGAAAGAAAGCAGCUUGCAGACGCUGCUGCAGGCGACCGAGCAAUGGGCCAAACAGUUCCAGGAGAAUCAGACAGUGCACCCGAAGGGGAAGAUCAUGCCACUUCGACAGCAUCUGGCCCAGGUCCUCUUCAACACGCUCCUCAGCAGGAUUCAGCAACUGGGCUCUGCGAAGGAGGGAUCAGAGAUCCUGCUGGCCGCCCAGCACAACCAGGUCUUGUUGCAGGAUCGCACCUGCCCCUAUCUGGAGUGGGAUCAUGGACAAACGGCCUCUCACCCUGACCAGACUCCAACAGAUCUGUCAGGACAUGCUGGAAACCCUGACGGAGGUGCAGACUGUGGUGAAAUUUCAUGCACUGCCAGCCGGACAGAAACAAGAGGUCUCACCAUGGAAGCUGCAAGUGAGCCUGCGCCUGGACAACCCAUGGCAACUGCUGACGGAGCUGAGCCACUCAGCCAUUUGGCUGCUCAUGGGCACAUCACUCCGUCCCCACAGCCUGCAGCAAAGCCCUCUUGCAGUGAACCUCCAGAAGACCUUGCAGCUCCCGACAUCCCGCAAGGGGAAUGGCAAAGGCAAGAAACCAGGCACAGUGACACCCAAGAAGGAGUGAUGCCUGCUGAGCUGCCUACCAGCCCGGCACCAGAUUCUCUGUUGCUGAAACUUGCGCACAUGACCAUGGAAAACCCUGGAAACAUAUGUUUUGCCAACGCCACAACCAGUGCUUUGUUGUGGACCACCUUGUCCAACACGAAGUGGAGCCUGAAAGCUUGGGGAAAACAGUGCCAGAUGUUGCAUGAUUUCAUUUGCACCAAUCCUGAUACUUGCAAAAAUCUUUGUAUGGAAGAAUGGUUUCAGCAGAUCUUGCACUGUUGGGGUUUGAUCGAUCCUGCGACCUGUCCACAGCGCAUUGCACAACAGGACUCUACAGAGUUUGUUACAACAUGGUUAGAGCAGAUGGACUCUGACGCUUUUGACAUGCGCUGGGAAAAGAGGAUCCUUGAGAACACACACAUCAGGAUUUUUGAUCACGGUUGCAAGAGCACGCCCAUUUGCUUGAAAUUUCCACAGUUUCUUGCAGAUUUCAGAUGCAGUGAUUUGACCCAAUUGUUUGACGCCUGGCGCCAGGCAGAUGGAAUGUGCACAGCACUUUGCCAGGCACCCACAUGCCUUUGCAUCCAUGUUGACAGAUAUGCGCAGGAUGACCAGCAGCAAAUUUACAAAAGUGAAUGCAUGCUCCAGACAGACCAGGUAUGCCUAGUUCCAGUUUUCAAAGAUGACACCCUGACUUGCGAGAUGAUCGAAUACCAAGUGGUGGCGCUCACGGAACACUUGGGACUUGACAAUGCAGGCCAUUUCCGUAGUGCACUGCGCCUUGCCCCAGCCAUUGCCAACCAAGUGACUCCUGCAGAAUGGCUCCUCACUGAUGAUUGGGUUGCUCCAAAGCCCAUGUGGGAUGUACCAAAUUGGAUGAAACGCACUGCUACAGUGUAUUGGCUGACGCGGUCGGAUGAAGUGAAGCUUUGGAAAUAUCGGAACAUGGACACAAAGACAGAUGCAGAAGCAGUGAAUGCAGCGUUCAGCCUGACCUUACUCUGCAUGGUUUUGAUCACUGGGAACGGGGGUGAGGGUAGUGGAUCAGUCAUGGGAUCCACUGAAACGCCAGACACCUCCUUUUUGCAGAAUAUUCAACAUAUGUUUGGCGUGAAGCAACAUGACAUUGGACCACCAGCAUGCUCUGCACCCAAGAGCACCAACCUUACCGAUGUCAAGAAAAGAAGUUUGAAAAGAGCGUACAAGAGAGCAUGCCUGCAAGGCAUUGCAUGGUAUCGCGGCCGACUGUACAGACCUGAUGACUUCCAUUUUAUGCCUUCCUUCUCUGUUGAUGGCAUUGCCAAACAGCCGCGAUACCUGUGGCAGGCACCAUUCAUGGGAACCACCCAGCAAGGUCUUGCACAGGUUCUGGAGUUUUCAGAGCAUGGCAUCACCUUGCCCGCUAUGCCAGCCUCAGAAGGCAACAUCGCAGGUUUGCUGCUCAGAUCAGGAUCCAAAUCAGGAAUCAAGCUGGUGCCAUUGCCAGCCCCCAAGAAGAGUAAGGCCCUUGUGGGUCUGCUAAUUCAUGCCGCCAAUGUAGAUGCCCAACCCCUGCUGCUGCCCUGGCCCAUUUGGGCCUAUCUCCCCAAGAGAUCAACGCUGGAUGCAGUUUGCAGGGUUGGUGGAUUGUUUUACUCCUAUGCUGAUUUGGAGUUUCUGUUACAAGCUUUUGGCAUUUUACUGGACACCUUGCGUGAGUUUUCCCUCAAACUGAAUGCUAAGAAGUCUGCUGCACUCUUAGCAGUAGCGGGCACCUCUCAUCGACACCAGAGAGCACGCUUUGUGACUGCCAAAAGUCGAACUAAUCAUUCUGCCUUAGCACAGCACGGUAUUCCCACGCCACUGCAGCAAUUGCGAGCUGCUGCCAAGCAACUUUUGCAGUCCACCACUCAACGCAUGACCACACUGCAGGAUGAUGAUAUCGCCUUGCAACUACCCUGGGGACAUUUGUCUGAGCUGGUUGCCAAGCUGGAACAAACUCAGGAACUGAGUCCACCGCCUGUUGUCUUGUUCUCCGGACCCUGUGCAGUGGAGCCCUACACAGCCCUCGGAGCCAAAGCUUACAUGACUGGAACGGCCUUGGCUGCCGGUGAACUAGCUGUCCGAAGCCCAAACAUGUUGCCUGAAUCAGAACUUGGAAAUUUGAGACGCGCCCCUUUUGGACCUGCACUCUGCCAGAUCCUGGAGACCAGGGAUUGGAACAGACUGGAAACCUUGCCAGAAGCAUGUCAUUACAUGGCCAAAAGAUGUAUUCUUUGUGGACUGCACUACAACCGUGUGCAAGAACUGAAUGCCCACUAUCGUACCAUGCAUGGCCAAUAUUGGGAAGGUGUUCCUCAACGUGCAGUGUACAUGUCCAACACGUGGGCCACAGAAAGGCCCUGUCCUUUUUGUGGGGCGCUGUUCAAGUCUCAUCUUUGCCCGGUAUGGGUUCAGGUCACGGUCCUCCUCCUUUUUGGAGUUGCUGCGCCCCCUGAUGAAUCGCAGCCUGAGGCCACUAACCCUGGAUUGCGUUGUGAAGUUUGCCUUGCAAGCUUUGAGACCUUAGCCAGUCUUACUGAGCACCUACAAAGUGAGCAUGCACUCCAGGGCAUGGCGUUCAAUGUGGCCAGGGACAGUGUGGCAGGCAGCCCAGCGUGUGCCCAUUGCGGCAUUUUAUACGACAACUUGUCCAGUCUUCGUUCACACAUAAACCAGGGCAGAUGUUUGCAAUUCCGGCCGGACGCAACAGCCGAGUCCUUGCCAACCCGACCAGACUGGGUGCAGGCCUGUGUUGAGGGCCAAAUGAAGAUUGUGUUAGGCAAUGCUCAGUCUCGUAUGGCCUUGCAGCUUGCAAUGAUUUUUCACAAGAUGGACAACAAGUUAUUUGCUCCCUUUCAGGCCAGUGAAUAUGCCUUGAACCUGAUUUUGUCCACUGCCUUGGACCGCCACACCAGAUUGAUGUUUGAACAGAUCGCCACUCAGCAUCAGUAUGAGCGCCUCUGGCAGGACCAGCAAUGCUUGACCACCAUGCGCACCCAAUGUUUGCUUUGCGGAUGUGAAUGUGCACCCAGCGCAAUGCCACAGCACUUGCGGGAGGUGCAUCCAUGCAAUCAACUUGCCAUGACUUUCUACAUGACACUGCUGACAUCAUUGAUGAUGGAGCAACAGCUGCUUGAUCAUCAGUGCUAUGCAUGCCUGCAGAUUUUCAAUUUGCCGGCUGAUUCAGAUGCCGCACCAGAUCCAGCACGCAAGCAUUUGGCUCAGUCUCACUUGCUGCACAACUGCCCCAAUUUGCUGCAAGUGGCAUUGUUUUUAACGGGCUUGCUCCAUGACGGACGACUCCUUGAUGACCAAUACGGACUUACUGGCCCAGCAGCAAGUCCUGGAAACCUUCAAGGGACUGGCACCGUGGCCCAGACACCUCAGCUACAGCAGCUGAACGCCCUGGUUCAGCAACUGGCGCUCCUGGUUCUUCGUCACGAUCGAGAACUCAACCAGAGCCGUCGAGCAGACAGCUUCGUUCUUUUUUUCAACCGAGACCCAAAGAGCGGCUUGCAGGGGCUGAUUCAGGCAACGCAGACCUGGCAGGAGCAGCGCAAGUCAUCAACAAUACCGAUGAUGACGCUGAGACAACACCUGACCCAGUGCUUGUUCCAAGAUCUCUUGGUGAAGGUGAUGAAGAUCGCAGAAGCCAAACCAGAGGACCCACUCCACAUUGCUUCAGUGCAGAGUCAACUGAUCGACGGAGAAGGGAAUUGGCCGUUCCUGGAAUGGGAUCCCAAAGCCAAACAAUUGGUGGUCAGCUCCAAGACUCCAAUCAGCAUGACGCUGAUGACCAGACAUGCACAACAGCUUGUGGAGAUGUUCAAGAACUCGGACCUGGUGCUCUGCUUUCGGUCCUUGCAGACCAGUCAGGAUGCUCCGAUCUGCCCAUGGAGGCUGCAGCUUUGUCCCAGAGCGGAUCAGGAGCGGGAGCUUCUGAACAGGCUCUCCCGCAGCAGCGUGUGGACCCUCCUGGGGACAAUGCUCAAACCACAUGCUCUGAAUCAAUGCGGCCUGGCGGAUGCUUCGGAAUUUGCGACUGCUGUGUUGUCGUGGCUGUGUGCACCAGCGAUCAACAUGACCUGGGAGCGCCGAGUGGAAGAAAUGGGAUGUAUUCAUGCACAUGACCGUGGUGAUGCCUUCAUGCCCAUUACACUUUCAUUUCCUGCCACUCAUGUGCACCUGCCUGACACACUUUACACGUUGACACAUCUCAUGCGCUUGUGGAUGCAAGUUGAUGGAAUGAUUGCUGCCUUGAUGCAGGCGCCUCAAUGCAUAUGCCUUCACUUGGAUCGCUUCUAUGAUGCCGAGGACACCAUUUUGAAGAGCCAGUGCCUUAUUGAUAUGGAAGCUGGGUGUGAUGUUCCGGUAUUCACUGAUCACUCCCAAAGAAGGGAAUUUGUCAGCUAUGUAUUGCUUUCUGCCACUGCACACCUUGGCAAUGUGAAGGGAGGUCAUUAUCAGGCAGUGCUGAAAACCAGACCGGCAGUCCAGCAGAAUGGACAGCCAAUGCAUUGGUUGCUGACAAACGACUCCACAGCAGCCCAACCGAUAUGGCUUGUUCCAGACUGGUUUCGGCGCAAUUCCACUGUUUUCUGGUUGGCCAGGGCAGACUGCGUCCAGUUGCAUGUGUAUCGCCCAUUGCCGCAGACAGACAUUGCAGCACCUGAUGAACCGGAUCUGACCAUUGCCGCAGAUGCAGAUACAAGCACAAAUGUACCAGAACGAGACAUUGGGAUGCCAAGCACCACUGUUGACACUGAUACCACGGAAUCAACAGAGAAGCCAAGCACAGCGAUUGCACCAGAGACGGACGCGACGACAGCGGCUAUCAUGGCCCUGCUCCAGGCUACCACCAUGGCUGAGCGCCAGAGGAGGUGCCCCAAGGAACGAGGAGUUCCAGGUUUUCGGCAGCCAUUUAGCCCCUCGCCUGUGACAUCCUCCGGAGUGAAACGCAGUGGCGGCCUUUUGGUGAUGCUCUCUCGCCCACCCGCCGUGGGUUGGAACUACGAAAUUUUUCUGGAAGACACAGAGUGCCCAUCCCAACUGCCGACAUAUUCUGAUCGUGCACCGGGGGUACCUUUUUCCUUUGAUGCGCUGUUCAAGGCACUCACACGGCUGCAUGCCAACAAGUCGGUUUUUCAAACAUUUGGCCUUGAUCAUCCGCUUGACAUGCUCUUGGCCCUGGCCUCAUCACAGCAGCAGCGUCUCAGCAGGCGUGCUCUUGAUCUUUUGCCCACCGACUUUUUGCAUAGAGUGGAUUGGACAUCCAUCACUGGAACCUUGCAACUCAUUGCUUGCAUCCGUGCAUCCGUGACGGAGGUGCCCAUUGAUCUGGACGCCGCUGCACCUGUGCUGACCCAGGACAUGGACCCAACAGUGACAAUGCCGACUGCUGACACUGUGCACCCGGCUGCACCGGUCGUGACACCCACGGCAGCAUUUGCCGCUGCCUCCCUGAGUUUUCACGUCAUGACCCAAGUGUUCUGGCCAGAAUUGCAGACACUGUUGCUUCAUGCUGACUGGAUCAAUUUUCCACGCAAUGCUGCCAUGUUGGAAUACUUGUCUCACCAUUGUGUCAUUUGUGGCCUGUGGUGCAACCGAUUCCAAGAAUUGCAUGGACAUUUUCGACAGUGCCAUCCGGACCAUGUGCAAGGGUGUGUGGCUAAGGGAGCCCAAAUCUCUGUACUCAUGCAAUGCACCUCACCGUGUACAUUGUGCCAAAGGCCUUAUAGCCGUGUCCACAGCUGUCCGGUCACGCGGCAACUUGGCCUGCUGCAGAUUCAGACCCGUCCUGAUGGUGAUCGGGUGACAGAGGCCUGUGCCUGCGACAUCUGUGCCUUACCCUUCCAGGACCUAGGCCAACUGUAUGGCCAUUUGACCAACACUCAUGGCCUUACUGUCAAUGAUUGGUGCCCUUCGAGGGACUCCCAUCAGGGGGGUGACGGAUGCCGUCACUGCGGCACAAUUUUUGAUAGCCGCUCAGGCUUGAGGCGUCACAUCACGGAAGGUAGAUGUGGGUCAUUCAACCCGGCUGCGACGCCGCAUCCGAUUGACACCACUGAUGCUUGGGGUGCUUGGCUGCAGACUGGCAAUUUUGAUCCUCCGGCCCUCACAGCCCAGAUGCGCCUGCAGUUGACUACAAUUUGUCAAUUCUGUGGCCUGACCUACUCCCGCACUGGAGAUUUAGUUGCGCAUCUACUGCAAUCUCAUGGAGAUUUGUGGAAUGGUUCCCAACCCUGGCUUCGGUUUUUGCUGCAGGCUGUCAUGGCCCGGAAGGGAUGCCUUUGCAACCCCCAGAGCAAUGAACUGGGCCUCACGCAUGUGUGUGCUUUGCUUCGACAGACGGCCAUGAUGAUCCAUAGUCAAGGCCUGCGACUGUUUGUGCCGACCCAGUUUCAUCCCACAGCUCUUGAUGAGAUUCUGACCUGUCUGCAACAUGAAACCUUGCACACCAAGGUGAAACAUGCCCUGCUCAGCCGAGACUUUGCACAGCUUUGGCAAGACCCUGAUAUCCUUGCAGGUCUCAGAUUGCGGCCCUUCUCCAUCCAAUCCAUGGACGCCCUGAUGGAUCCCAACGACCAGGCACUGAUGGAUGGUCUUCAGGCACUGGGCCCGUUGCUCCUGGGAGCCAGAAAACACUUGGAUGGAAACGACGAUCAUCAGCCCAAGCGCCACAAGGCUUCACAAGACGGCGCACUGGCAGAUCCAGCGUCGGCAGCCGCAAUGACCGACAUGCUGAGACUGAUGGCCCAGCUCAUUCUGAGCCACGAGAGGGCAAUACAGUUGCAACUCCGCCAGGACUGCUUCGUUUUGUUUGCACAAGAUCGACCAGAGGGCAUCAUACCCCACCUGAAGGUGAUGGCACAGACCUGGCGCCAACAGGCGCCGCAGCAUCAGGACGAUCUGAAAUGGCCCAAUCUGAGGACCCACCUGAUGGCCGGCGUGAUCUCCGAGCUUCAUCGACGAGUCCAACAACUGGCGGCCUCGAAACAAGGAGAACAACUGUGGGACCUGGCAGUGGAGAAGGGAACUCUCCUUCCGGACGGGAGCUGGGGCUAUCAGAAGUGGUGCCCGGACCUGAAGCAGCUGAAACGGGCACUACGUCCAGCCCUGGCCAUGGCCCAGAUGCUGAGGAACCUCCAGACGCUGGAAGAGCUCUUUCAGUCGAACAGCCACAUCCAGAAGUUCCACAGUCUGAGGACGGAUCAACCUACGAUUCCCUGGCUCCUUCAACUGUCUCACAGAGACUCCGAUGCCUGGUACCUGCUCCAGGACCUGUGUCAGAACACAGUGUGGUCCCUGUUAGGGAUGUCGGUCAAACAGCACAACAUGGCCCUUUCGAAACCAGCCCAUUUGCUUCAACAAGCUCUGAAUGGCCUGCCAACCCAGAAAGGGAAAGCGCGGGGGAAAGGGAAGGACAAUCAGAAAUCCACCCCCACCCUGCAGACCAUUCUUUGUGACAAUGAUGGUUCCCCUUUUUCCUUGGAUGCGCAAGACUGGUUUGAUUCACUUCUUCAUGGCUGGAAUGAUCAACAGGGCCAAGCUGACAGUGCAGAGUUUGGGAAUAGGCUUGCCAGAUGGCUUGCUUUGGAUAUCCUAUCCAACCGCUGGGAAAGACGCGUGACUGCUUCUGAUGUUACAGAAGUGCAUGAUCAUGGAGACCGAUUCAUGCCACUGACGUUGCAACUGGACCCAUCACUGCUCAGCGGCAAUGAGACCUCCCUCACAGCCCUGCUUAGGCACUGGAGCCAGGAGCUUGGAAUGUGUGCGGGCCUCACUGACCCCAGAGAGCUGCUGGUCAUUCAUGUGGAUCGAAUGGUUAUGACACCGUCAGGCAGCUUGAUCAAGCAUGCGGCAGUCAUAAAUUUUGCAUGGGAAGUUCAGGUGCCGGUACUGGCCACGGAUACCACACUGACCUCCAUGUCGUAUACGGUUGUUGCUGUCUCAGCCCACCUAGGUCACACCAACGGCGGCCAUUAUCAAACGAUGUUGCGCACAUAUCCAGAGGUGUCUGACUUGGCCGCUCCCAGUAUGUGGAUGUUUUGUGACGACUGCAGACUUCCUGAGCGCUGCUGGGUCUUUCCUGACAACUUCAGCCAGGGCGUUACUGGAUUUUGGCUCUGCCGCACAGACAGCCUUGAAAUGCAUCUCAUGGCUCAACCGAGACCUCAACCGGAUCCGGAUCUGCUCACAGUGCUCUAUGCUCACCCUGGG